AUGAUUUUGGUCAAUGAUUUAUGGUGUCAGCAUUUCCUACAUACCUUUGUUACUCAUCGAAGCCUUAUAGGUUCAGACCACAGGCCUCUUUUGAUCUCCAUUGCUGCUUCUGAUCCUCCAAGUUCUCCUCCUCCUUUUAGAUAUCUCAAUAUGUGGUAUGACCACCCUUCUUUUUUUAAUAUUGUGACUGAUGCUUGGUACACUUCUAUGAUUUUGGACCCUUGGUCCAAACUAGUCUAUUUUCAUUUAAAGGUUAGUAAAGCACUAAAUGAUUGGGGUUGGAGUUCCUUUGGAAAUGUUUUUCCUACUGUGGAAUCUGCUGAAAAUGAGGUGCUGGAGUUGGAGAAGACUGUUUUGGCAGAUGGUGGGGAGGAGACUUUAUUAUUAGAUGCUCAAAAGAAACUAAUCACCAUUGAUAUGGAAGAUAAAUUUCUUAAGCAAAAAGCUACCAUCAGUCACUUCAAGGAAGGGGAUAGGAACACGAAGUUUUACCAUGCAUGCAUCAAGUAUAAAAGACGGUGUAAUACCAUCCACAACCUUCAGAAUUUUGAAGGAAUAUGA